AGGAAUCCAAUCCAUCCAAGUUAGCAAAGAGCGAUAUAUAUAUAUAUAUACAUUACAGAUAAGAUCUGCUGUCAUAACUCGUUUACGUCCACUACGUUUCUACCAACAUCUCCACAGCAGUCCAGAAAAGUAACUACGCUACCAAUCGAACUACCGGAAUUAGUGCCCUGGAACCCGCGCGGUCCUCUCCCCCCACCGCCGAUCUCAUAUUGUCUCUCCUAUUUGUACAACACAUUCUACACACACCAACAACUUUUUCCUGUAACUACACAACGAUAUAAGAGAACACAAUGGCAGAGCUAUCAAUAGGAAACGAGCUUAAAGAUGCAUACAAGCCUACGAUCAAGUGGAUAAACAACAACAUCAAUUUCCUUGCUGAUGUGGACGAAUUCUAUCGCGAACGGGCAAACAUUGAAAAGGAGUACUCCAAUAAAUUAAAGGAACUAUGCAAACGACACUUUGAUAAGAAAUCCAAGCUCAGUGCCAGUUUAUCUGUUGGUGACGAACCUGCUGUCACUCCAGGAAGUUUGGAAAGUGCUAGUUUGGUAUUAUGGACGGAGUUAUUGUCCCAGACAGAAGCUAUUGCCAGUGAACGUUCCAAGUUAGGUACUGAAUUCUCGACUAUGAUCGGGAGUAAUUUAAUGUCAUUGAAGGGCAAAUGUGAACGUAUUGUCAGAAGUACUGACUCGAUAAACGAAUUUUUGACGAAAGAAAAGAAAGGGGUCGAGGAUGAAGUAACCAAGGCUAAGAAAGCAUACGAUUUGUUGUGUCAAGCUACAGAAUCUGCUAGAGAGAAACAAGAGAGGAAUAGUGGUUCUGACAAGUAUGCCAAAAGGUUAGAGGAAAAAGAAGUGGAAAUGAAUAAUGGUAAGAAUGAAUACUUGAUCAAGAUCAAUACUGCCAAUCGACUCAAGGAUAAGUAUUAUUAUCAAGAUAUACCUGAAUUAUUGGACUACUUGCAGGAAUUGAACCAAGAUAGAGUUACUCUUGUCAAUAAGCUUCUCAAGAAUGCCAGUAUCAUUGAACGUAAUGCCAAUGAUAAAGUUAAAGAGAAGUUACACAAUAUAGACCAAACAGUUGAUCAGAAUAAACCUCAUUUAGACGUGGCAAUGUUUAUAAAGCAUAACCAACUAGAUUGGAAAGAGCCUGCUGAUUUCUACUUUAUCCCUUCAAGUAUCUGGCACGAUGACGAGAGUUUGAUCAUCAAAGAACCAGAACUUACAGUUUUGAAAAAGAGACUAAAUGUAGCACUGGGUCAAUACUCCAAAUACGAACAGUCUUGCCUUGAUAUCAAACAAAAACUCGAAGAGUUGACAGCGGAUAGAAAGAAAGAGGGCGACAACCUCACGCUUAAAUUCGACGCUUCUCUUCUUGGUUCGCUUUCGGUAUUGGAAAAGUUCAUCAAAGAAGAUACACAACGUGUACGUAAUGAAGUUGAGAUUGAAAUCAUCCAAAAUUUUGCUGGUGAUCAGGAUCUUACUUAUAUUGCCCCGAUUGAGCGUAAGAAAUCUAAAUUUGGUUCGUUGUUUAAGAAGAAGGACAAGGAAACAGGAGGAGUAGCCCUGGACGACUCAAGUACUCAUUCAUUAUCCACCACACGAACAAAUACUACUCUUUCUCACGUCGGCACAGGAAUAUUCAACCUUCGGAGAAACAAAACAGUAACUUCUACAAAUGGUGACUCAAGUGGUAACGCAAAAGCUCUAUAUGCAUACCAAGCUGCUGGAAACGAUGAAACAAGUAUUACACCAGGAGAACAAGUGACAGUUCUUGAACCAGAUGAAGGAGGAUGGACUCUUAUCCAAGCAGCUGCAGGUAAGGGUUUGGUGCCUACAUCGUACCUUGAAAUUACCCAAUCUGAUAAUGUAUCCAUGUCGUCGUUGCAAAAACCCAAGAAGCAAGGUCCAUCAGUUGCUCCACGACGUGGAGCAAAGAAAGUCAGUUAUGUUCAAGCGUUAUAUGACUAUUCCGCUGAUGGUGAUGAUGAGAUUACUAUUCAUGCUGGGGAUAAAAUAGUGGUUACCCAAGAAGACACUGAUGGUAGUGGAUGGACCGAAGGCGAGCUUAAUGGGAAUAAAGGAGUGUUCCCAACAAGUUAUGUCAAGAAGAUAUAGUCAAGACAACGACGGCAUUAGUUUUGCUAUUAAUGUCAUGUCGCGAAAACAUUCAUACUCCCUGUCUUGUUUUUUUUUCUAUAGGAAAAUAUUCUCAGAGUAAUAGAUUUUAAAAGUAACGAAACUACAAUG